GUAAACAAGACGAAGUUACACUGAACGUUUCUGAGGUGUUAGAUAGAGAAAGGAAGUAUCAAUUCCAUUAGCACUUCUUAGAAAAAUCCUUUUGCACUUUUUGUAGAUUUAUCUUGUCCAAUACUGGAGAUGGCAAUUCCUUUUCCCAAAAAACUAAAAGUACUUGAUCCGGAAAUUUUAAACAAAAAUUUUAUUUCAAUAAUUGAAUCGGAUAUAAAGAGAACUGUUCCCUUAGAAGGGCGUUGUGCAUAUCCAAGUGAUUCAUUUUUAGCAGAACUUGCAUGUAGAGUUUCUGUAGAAUCGAAAAUUUGUCCAGAUCCUCUGGAUCAAGGUUGGGUUCUGCUGACAACAGCAAAGAACUCUAGUGAUAAUUAUUUUGGCGCUGCAUAUUGGAAUCCCAAUGACCAGCAAGUUGUUAUUGCUCACAAAGGAACAAAAAACCUAAAGGAUAUAUGGACCGAUUAUGAAGGUGUUUUAUCAAACAAGUACACUUCUCAAAUGAGUUCUGCUGCUAGUUUUUCAAACCUCAUCGUGACCCAAUUGGACAAACUCAAUAAAAAGCAAUCAGUGAAUUUGAGUCUUUCUAUUACUGGGCAUUCUUUGGGUGGUUGGUUAGCACAGAUAACUGCUUUUUCAACUCAAUAUCUUACUACUAAAUUCUGUGAAGAAAAGGGUUCUUCUUUUUUUGUUAAAAGCCAAAAAGAAGGCUACCACACUCAUACAGUAGUUUUUGAUUGUCCUGGCUGCAAAGACAUGUUGCUGAAAAUGGAAGAUGACUUCGACGUACAUGCUGGCGAUAAAGUUAAUUUAGUAGAUUUGUUGGACGUAACAAUUUACCUAUCCGCACCAAAUUUGGUCAAUACACUACACUCACAUAUUAAUGUCGGUAAUUUAUAUCGGGUUUUCAUUGAAGGCUUACCAGAAAUAAGGAAAAGAUGGAAUCUAUUACAAUAUACUAAAGAAACUCACAAAAUGAAAAAAAUUAGAGAUGCUUUAUUUUCUGGGAAAGGCAGUUCAAGCGGAAGAAUAAUGAAGAUAAGAGAUUGGCCACUUGUGAAAGGUGGAUUAGGUACAAGAAUUAUCGAAAAAUUAUUUAAUAGUGAAUGUAAUGAAUAUGAACAUUUUCAUAACUUAGCAAAUUGUGCUAAUGAUUAUAAUCCACCGGCAGAUGGUGACGAUUAUUGUACUAUUCGUUAUCAAUUACAAAAUGUGGAGGAAGGAGAAUGUAGUGCUAAUAUUUUUACACAGGCGGAAUUUGAUUUUCUGAAAGGAUAUGGUAUAUUGAAGAACUUUUCGAUGUUUUCUCUGAUUGAUGACUUAUUCACUUCUCUUCAUCACAAAACAGAGGGAGUAAUAAAUAAAGAUAAAGUCGAAAAAAUACUUGAUUUUGAGAUAAAAGAGGGAAAAGGACGAGGGGUUAUCAAGUGCAGUUCAGAAGACAUACUGCAGAAGGUGAUUAUGUGCGUCAAAAACAUUUUACUUAUUUCUCCAAGCAUACACAUGGCAGUAAACGCCAAGUUAAAUAGUUUUUGUGUUUUUAAUGAUGCUUACCAAAAACAGGCUCUCCAUUAUCUUCAGUCUAUUGAGUAUAUUGAACUAAAGCAGGCAACUAUGGAUCUUCUCGAUGAUUUUCUAAAAAGUGAAAAUUGUCAAUUUUUACAACUGAUGUGUAGGGUUCACCCAGUAAUAGAAAUGAAAAAAAUUCACAAAUUUCUAAAUGAGUCAAGCACUAACUAUAAAACUCUUAAUAUCAUUUAUCUCAGCAUGAAGAUGUUUUUAAACUUGCAACAGUUUUUCCCGAUUUAUGAUUUCGUAAAACAAUUGAAUACGAAAGUGACGGUCUUAUUCGUAAUUGAAAGUGACGAAGAAUCCUGGAUAAAUGAUAAAGAAUUACUGAUUAAUUAUUUUAGGAAAUUAUUCAGCGUUUUAGAAGAUAAACUCAUGCUUAAGUUUAUUUUAAUUACUCAAAGGAGUAACGACUUAGAAUACUAUUUAGAAGUUAAUUUACAUUUUUAUUGUAAAAUGACGGACGAUUCGGGAGUUACAUUUGUUGAUUUAACAAAUGAUUCUCAAAAGCGACUUUUGAAGAAAACCAUUUUCUUUCAAGGAUUAUUUACAGAAUUAGGUAGUUUGAUAACAGAUAAAACAAAGCAUCUGGUAGAUGAAGAAACAUUAUCUAAACUUAUCAACAAUGAAAUGAUAGUGAUAGGUAAAAGACUUCCUGAUUUAGGUGAUAUUGAGAAUUACUACAUUGAGCGACAUUUUUAUCAGUGUAAAGAUGGAAAGUAUAUUCAAAAGGAAUCUAAAAUCCAUGUUACUUAUGACGAUCAAAUUGAAACUUCGAUACUUAAACAAGAUCAAGACAUACUGUUGAUUUCUGAAACAGGUAAAGAGUUUGAGAAACUUUGUACUGAAUAUGAAAAUAGAAAUAUUCAUUGGGUAAGAGAAAUAGAUGAUCGAUAUCUCUGGCAUAAAACUCGAGGUGAAAAAGCAUUUCUUGAAGAGUAUUGCUCCUCUGCAUGCAGUGAUAUAGAUGGACGUGUAGUUAUUAUAAGUUCAGUAUCUGGCGCGGGUAAAUCCACAGUACUGACAAAAAUAGCACGAAAAAUGAAAAUUAUAAAUUCUUCCCUAUGGGUUAUGAGAAUUAAUUUAAAUGACUAUACAGGAAAGUUAGCAAAUGUAGACUUUGAUAAUGAUAAGGACCAAAUUUUUAAAUUUAUUGUGGACAUAGCUGGUCUAAAGACACACCUGGAAGGAGAAUUAUUUAGGCAUGGAUUGAAUGCAGGUAAAGUUGCUUUUUUUCUUGAUGGAUUUGAUGAAAUAGUUCCUGACUACAAGGGGAAUAUUAUUGAACUGUUAAAAACUUUACAAGAUUCAAAUACUGAGAACCACCUCUGGAUAACUACACGCCCACACAUGAAAAAUGAACUAGAGGUUACACUAAAAGUACUAUCCUAUAGUCUGAAGUCGCUGUCUAGAGAUGAUCAGGUGAUGUUUAUUCGAAAGUAUUUGCGUAACAUUUUAGGACAUAGUAUCACAGAAAACUUUGAGUAUUACGCCAACAAAUUACUUGACAGUGUUUUGCAACCCGUUUCUGAUGAAAAUAAUGAAUUUACAGGAAUACCAUUACAUAUCAAAAUGCUGGUUGAAGCUUUUCAAGAAGAAUUCCACACCUCUCAUCAACUGUCCAAAAAAACAAAAUCAACUUUUUCAAAACAAUUACAUCUCACUAGCCUCUAUAAAGCUUUUGUUGUCAGCAAAUUCAGGAGGGAUCUUACAGACAAAAAGAUAUUAGACUUAACAAAACCAUGGUCCUUAUAUAAAAUACACUUCGCUUCCUUUAUAAAAAAAUAUUCGCUUCUAGCUUUAAGUGCACUUUUUAUGAAAAAAGAUUUAAAGAAGUUUCUUGAUGAAGAAGAGCUGACAGAAAUGAAGGAUUAUAAGAAAGAGGUACAAGAAGGCGACGAAAACUGGGGUUUCAUUAGUCAUAUUGUCGAUGAAAAGCCAAUUUUCAUCCACUACAGUUUUUCUGAAUAUUUUGCAGCACUUUUUUUUGCAAACAACAUAGAAAAAGAAAAUAUAAAGAAAAUUUUUUGCGAGAAUAUUUAUGGACAUAAAUUUCACUUAAUCGACAUUUUCUUCGAUUACAUGGUAGCAGACGAGAGAGAGAACUGUGAUGCGCAUAUUGCAGUUUUGAACAAUGAGGAAGACAAAGUAGAAAAUUUAUUAAAUAACUCAGACAGUGUCAGAUAUUUAAUUGAUGCUAAAGAUAAAGUAGGAAGAACAGCACUGCACUUAGCUGCUGCAUUUGGAAAUUUUUAUUUGGUUCAGACUUUGUUGAAUCACGAAUUUAGAGUAGAUGCUAAGGAUCAGCUACUUGGUUGGAGUCCUUUAAGAUAUGCAGAUAAAGACGGUCAUUGGGAAACCGGUGAAUUACUCCUAAGAAAAGGUGCGAAUGCUUGUGACAUGCAUGAAGCAAUAAAAAGCCUUGAAACUUACGAUGCUGAGAAACCAAAAGAGACUUUAUUACACGGGGCAGCAAAAAAAGGUUUAGUAAAGAUUUUAGAGACUCUCAUAGAAAGUAAAAUAAAUUUGAUCAACGUUGUUGAUAAAGAUGGAUGUACUCCUCUUCAUUAUGCGGCAGAUGAAAAAGUUACUAAACUUUUAAUAAAACGAGGAGCCGAUAUUGAGGCUAAAAGUGUGCAUGGAGAAACACCUUUGCACUACGCCGUUAAUCGCGAUAAGUAUGAAGUUGUUGAAAUUUUAAUAAAAAACGGUGCUAAUAUGAAUGCUGGAAGUAGCCGAGGUUAUACACCUCUGCACACCGCUGUUAUGAAUGAAAAAUAUGAGGUUGUCGAGCUUUUAAUAAAAGAAGGUGCUGAUGUUGAAGCUAAUAAUUCUUAUGAUGUAACACCUCUGUUUGUAGCUGGAAGCAAAAAAAAUGCAAAGCUUUUAAUUGCGAAAAACGCUGAUAUAAAUGCUAAAAGUAGCAAAAGUUUAACACCUCUGCACUACGCUGUUAUAUUUAACAAGGAUGAGGUUGUCAAGCUUCUAAUAAAAGAAGGUGCUGAUGUUGAAGCUAGAGAUUUUAGAGGGGCAACACCCCUGUCUGUUGCCGGUAGCAGAAAAAUUGCAAAGCUUUUAAUUGCAAAAGGCGCUGAUAUAAAUGCCAAAAAUAACGUUGGCUAUACACCUCUCCACGCCGCUGUUAUAAAGGGAAAAUAUGAGGUUGUCGAGCUUUUAAUAAAAGAAGGUGCUGAUGUUGAAGCUAAAAAUUCUUAUGAUGUAACACCUCUAUUUUUAGCUAGUAGCAAAAAAAUUUCAGAGCUCUUAAUUGAAAAAGGCGCUGAUAUAAAUGCCAAAAAUAACGUUGGCUAUACACCUCUCCACGACGCUGUUAUAAAGGGAAAUUAUAAGGUUGUCGAGCUUUUAAUAAAAGAAGGUGCUGAUGUUGAAGCUAAAAAUUGUGAUGGUGCAACACCUCUAUUUUUCGCUGGUAGCAAAAAAAUUUCAGAGCUUUUAAUUGCAAAAGGCGCUGAUAUAAAUGCUAAAAGUAGGGAUGAUUGUACGCCUCUUCACAGAUCUGUAAAAAUUACAUCUUCUGCACAAUUAUAUGAUAUAGAUGGACGUGUAGUUAUUAUAAGUUCAGUAUCUGGCGCUGGUAAAUCCACAGUACUGACAAAAAUAGCACGAAAAAUGAAAAUUAUAAAUUCUUCCCUAUGGGUUAUGAGAAUUAAUUUAAAUGAUUAUACAGGAAAAUUAGCAAAUGUAGACUUUGAUAAUGAUAAGGACCAAAUUUUUAAAUUUAUUGUGGACAUAGCUGGUCUAAAGACACACCUGGAAAGAGAAUUAUUUAGGCAUGGAUUGAAUGCAGGUAAAGUUGCUUUUUUUCUUGAUGGAUUUGAUGAAAUAGUUCCUGACUACAAGGUGAAUAUUAUUGAACUGUUAAAAACUUUACAAGAUUCAAAUACUGAGAACCACCUCUGGAUAACUACACGCCCACACAUGAAAAAUGAACUAGAGGUCAUAUUAAAAGUACUAUCCUAUAGUCUGAAGCUGCUGUCUAGAGAUGAUCAGGUGAUGUUUAUUCGAAAGUACUUGCGUAACAUUUUAGGACAUAGUAUCACAGAAAAGUUUGAGUAUUUCGCCAACAAAUUACUUGACAGUGUUUUGCAACCCGUUUCUGAUGAAAAUAAUGAAUUUACAGGAAUACCAUUGCAUAUCAAAAUGCUGGUUGAAGCUUUUCAAGAAGAAUUCCACACCUCUCAUCAACUGUCCAAAAAAACAAAAUCAACUUUUUCAAAACAAUUACAUCUCACUAGCCUCUAUAAAGCUUUUGUUGUCAGCAAAUUCAGGAGGGAUCUUACAGACAAAAAGAUAUUAGACUUAACAAAACCAUGGUCCUUAUAUAAAAUACACUUCGCUUCCUUUAUAAAAAAAUAUUCGCUUCUAGCUUUAAGUGCACUUUUUAUGAAAAAAGAUUUAAAGAAGUUUCUUGAUGAAGAAGAGCUGACAGAAAUGAAGGAUUAUAAGAAAGAGGUACAAGAAGGCGACGAAAACUGGGGUUUCAUUAGUCAUAUUGUCGAUGAAAAGCCAAUUUUCAUCCACUACAGCUUUUCUGAAUAUUUCGCAGCACUUUUUUUUGCAAACAACAUAGAAAAAGAAAAUAUAAAGAAAUUUUUUUGUGAGAAUAUUUAUGGACAUAAAUUUCACUUAAUCGACAUUUUCUUCGAUUACAUGGUAGCAGACGAUAGAGAGAACUGUGAUGUGCAUAUUGCAGUUUUGAACAAUGAGGAAGACAAAGUAGAACAUUUAUUAACUAACUCAGACAGUGUCAGAUAUUUAAUUGAUGCUAAAGACAAAGUAGGAAGAACAGCACUGCACUUAGCUGCUGCAUUUGGAAAUUUUUAUUUGGUUCAGACUUUGUUGAAUCACGAAUUUAGAGUAGAUGCUAAGGAACAGCUACUUGGUUGGAGGCCUUUAAGAUAUGCAGAUAAAGGCGGUCAUUGGGAAACCGGUGAAUUACUCCUAAGAAAAGGUGCGAAUGCUUGUGACAUGCAUGAAGCAACAAAAAGCCUUGAAACUUACGAUGCUGAGAAACCAAAAGAGACUUUAUUACACGAGGCAGCAAAAAAAAGUUUAGUAAAGAUUUUAGAGACUCUCAUAGAAAGUAAAAUAAAUUUGAUCAACGUUGUUGAUAAAGAUGGGUGUACUCCUCUUCAUUAUGCGGCAGAUGAAAAAGUUACUAAACUUUUAAUAAAACGAGGUGCCGAUAUUGAGGCUAAAAGUAUGCAUGGGGAAACACCUUUGCACUAUGCCGUUAAUCACGAUAAGUAUGAAGUUGUUGAAAUUUUAAUAAAAAACGGUGCUGAUAUGAAUGCUAGAAGUAGCCGAGGUUAUACACCUCUGCACGCCGCUGUUAUGAAUGAAAAAUAUGAGGUUGUCGAGCUUUUAAUAAAAGAAGGUGCUGAUGUUGAAGCUAAAAAUUCUUAUGAUGUAACACCUCUGUUUGUAGCUGGAAGCGAAAAAAUUGCAAAACUUUUAAUUGCAAAAAGCGCUGAUAUAAAUGCUAAAAGUAGCAAAGGUUUAACACCUCUGCACUACGCUGUUAUAUUUAAAAAGGAUGAGGUUGUCAAGCUUUUAAUAAAAGAAGGUGCUGAUGUUGAAGCUAAAGAUUUUAGAGGGGCAACACCCCUGUCUGUUGCUGGUUGCAGAAAAAUUGCAAAGCUUUUAAUUGCAAAAGGCGCUGAUAUAAAUGCCAAAAAUAACGUUGGCUAUACACCUCUCCACGACGCUGUUAUAAAGGGAAAUUAUAAGGUUGUCGAGCUUUUAAUAAAAGAAGGUGCUGAUGUUGAAGCUAAAAAUUGUGAAGGUGCAACACCUCUAUUUUUCGCUGGUAGCAAAAAAAUUUCAGAGCUUUUAAUUGCAAAAGGCGCUUAUAUAAAUGCUAAAAGUAGGGAUGAUUGUACGCCUCUUCACAGAUCUGUAAAAGUUACAUCUUCUGCACAAUUAUAAAUACGAUUCUUCAUUUUCUAUUUCAUUUAACUUCUGAUUAAGAAAAAUUAUUAAAUUAGAUCAAAUUAAAGGCAUGUCAGCAAAUUCUCUAUUACAGUGCCUUAUGAAAUGAGAUAACUGUUAUGCUUUUAAUAUCUCAAAGUUUUAAUGGGGAAUGUUUAAUUAACUUCGACCUUUCUACUCAAACUUUGGUGUCACUGAAGGUUUUAAAAAGCUGUAUAGAGUUUUUUAUAAUUUUGUUAAACUAAUGAAAUUGUUUUUGUUACCCUUAAAUACUUAGUUCAAAACACUUCUCUGCGCCAUACAACUACUAAUAGGAUUAAAAACAUUUUGAAUCAUUUCAUGUAAUAUUUUGUAAUAAUGUAAUAGACCAAAUUUAAAAGAUAUCAAUAUUCCUACGUUUAUUUUUGGUAUCUUCUUAAACUGCGUUAACUUCUUCUGAGUCUAAAUGCUGCUAACUGACCUACAAACGAAUAACUACAUUCACUAUUUUUUCAAACUUUUUUUUAAUAAUUCACACUGAAGUAGCCCCCCUAGACAUAUAUUAGCAUUGACGUACGGCAUUUUAAAAGAAAAGUUAUGAAGUACGAAUAAAUGCGUAAGUUAAACCAACUGAUUAAGGUAAUCAUCAGUAAAACAUUUAAUUGUGUCAGAUGUUGAAGUUGAAUAAUAUCUCAAAUAAAACAUUUUCUGACCAUAAAAAUAAAAAUCUUACAUCUAAACACAUUAAAUUAUUUGCAUAUCUGCUCCUCUAGAAGCAAUAUCAAGGUUUUUUUUUCAAAUCUAACUUAAUAGUAGCAAUCGAAAUCAAUGGUGGCAACAUUUUUUUUCCAGUUUGGAACGAGAGGAAAAAAUACAUUUGUUUUGACAUAUAUAGUUUUCAGAUUGUGUAUUUUAUUUCUUCCUUUUGAAAUUGUUGACAUUUAACACAGUGUGAAGUAAAAUACACGUCUUCUGUACGAUAGGGACAAGAUAGAAUGACUGAGACAGUCUAUUUGGACACAAUUUCUUCUUUUUUUCCAUUAUUGUACUUAAAUCAUGAAUUUUAUAAAAAAAAGGAGACCAACACAAUCUUUCUUGCACAUAAAUGCGAUUGUAAAAACGCAGAAAAGGCUUUUAAAAGUCAACAGCCCUGUAAAUUUCUUCUCUUCUUAUGGUUAGUUAAAAAGAAGUUUAUUCAGUGUGUAAAAGAAUAACCACCAUUACUAUAUAAAUUUGAAUCUUUUUAAAAAAUUAAAUUAAAGAUAUACACAUUUAUACAUUAAGCUAAAUAGUAUUUACGCGAUGAAAAAACGAACGCGAAAUCAAAAUCGUAUAAGUCACUAAGGAGAAGACGGGACUAAAAUUUUCAAACCUGUUUGCUUUAUAAAGAUGAUGAAUGUGACGCUUUCAAGUUUUAGCAUUCGACUGGUUCACAUACAGUUAGUUCCUCCUUUUUCAGUAGCUAUUUGUUGGAAUUCGAUAUUGUUUUGUAUUUACAAACCAAGAUAUUUAAAUUCUUUUUUGCUUCACUUUCGGAUAGGUUCUUGAAAACAUUUAUUAAGGACUGUGAAUACAAAGCAAUGAAACAAUGUUCUACGAAUUAAACAUUCCUUUGUGCAUUAAUUUGUGAAUAUUGUUCGAUGUCAGUCAAACAAAAAUCAAUGAAAAUGUACAUUUUUUUUUGUAAUAAAUGAAUACUAUUACUUGGAAUAACUAUUACUUGGAAAGAACUUGGAAUAAAACAAA